AUGUCACUCACAGAGUCGCAGUUGCAGGUUAGAGAAAUGGAAGAGUAUGUCAUAAAGACAAUAAUUGUUGGAGUUGUUUCAUGGACAUCAGUAUUUGUUCUAGUGAGAAGAAUAUUUCCCAAACGUUCUUUUGAUUUCUGCAACCGCGUUGUGUCAUCUCUCCAUGCAACUUUAGCAGUGACAUUGGCAUGGCUCUCUGUUGAAGAUUGGAGGUGUCCAAUAUGUCAUGUGGGAUCAAAAUCUUCACCCAAACAGAUGCAAGUUUUGGCAGUGAGCCUUUCUUAUCUCAUUUAUGAUCUAGCUUGUUGCCACUUUGGUGAUACAGUCAAUCUAGACAACACUGUACACCAUUUGGUAAGCAUUCUUGGAAUUGGAGCAGGUCUUUCCUAUCAAAAGUGUGGCUCAGAAAUGGUGGCGACAAUAUGGAUAACAGAGAUAUCAAGCCCAUUCUUGCAUUUGAGGGAGCUUCUGAAAGAGCUUGGUUACAGAGACACCCUCCUUAAUUUGGCUGCUGAUAUUCUAUUUGCUGCCAUAUUUACAUUUGCUAGGAUGUUGGUCGGACCGUGUAUCACUUACGUAACUUUAUCUGCUGACUAUCCACUUCUUAUAAAGGCUACGGGAUUAGGUUUGCAGCUGGUAAGUGCAUUCUGGUUUUUCAAAAUUGUUAGAAUGGUAAAACGCAAACUAACUAAGAGAGCAUAA